GCAGGUUUUGCAUGGGCUUCAUUUUUCAGCACCGCUUGUUGUCUUGCAGAGGACACUGCUGUUUUUAUGGCAAUAAUGGAUACGAGCUAACUGCCUAGCGGUAAUGCGCUGUUAAUUGCCGGAGAAACGCGGCCAGAUUGUCGAAUAUAUCACCAAGUAUCAAUCCAUAUACUGGUCUCAACGUUUAUUCCUGUUUUGCGUCUCUAGCGGUUUGUAGACAGCUAUGGGUGGGCUGGGAAAUGGGCGUCGUGGAGGAAGAUCUCCCCCUCUAAUGAUUGGCGCUCUAAUUGCCUGUAUUCUGGUUCUGGGCUUCAACUACUGGGUGUCAAGCUCCCGCAACCUGGAGCUACAGACUAAGAUGUAUGAGUUGGAGGGCCAGGUGCGACGUGGAGCAGCAGAGCGAGGAGUAGUGGAGCUGAAGAAGAAUGAGUUCCAGGAGGAGAUCCUGAGACAGAAGGAGCAGAUCAGCCACAUAGAAAGCCUCUACAAGAGACAGCUCGAAGGAUCUCAGAACACCUGCAGCCAAGAGAAGGGGACACUGCAGCAAAACAUUUCCUCCAGUACCAAAACCAUACAGGAACUCAAAGGUAAUUUAAAUCAGCUAAAUGAUGACCUGGGGAAGCUUCAGAAGGAGCUGCAGAGUUGCCAAGGCAACAUCAAAACCCUCAACAACAAACUCACUUAUGACAUGACCCAUUGUCACUCCCAGGUCCUUUCCCAGAAGGAGUUGUGUGAUGAGAGAGUGGCGCCCGCUAAACUGGAAGUUCAGAAGAAAAUGGAGAAGCUCAUCUCUCCUUCAGGUGUCUCCUCACAGCAGGAAAAUGCAGUGGAUGGAGCAGCAAAAGAGGACGGACCAGUCACGACUGGGGUUGAUGCAGUUAAAACAGCAACUGUUGUAAGCCACACACCAAGCCUCUCUCAGCCCAAAGGAAAUUAUCCACCUGAACUACUGACCAAUGAGAUCAUCGUGGACAAAGGUCCUCAUGCCCCAGUGGACCUGUCUCCAGAGAAGGAUCUCUCCAAAGUAGAGUCCCAGUCUGUUCCCUCAGCUGCUGCAGUUAAGCAGGACACUUUGCUACCACCAGAGGGAGCUGUCAAUACACAGGAGGGUGAGGCAGAGACCAGCGAACCUUUGAAGAAUAACCUGACUGAGGAUAAAGAUGUGGAGGUGAUGGAUGCUCAUGAAGAGGGCACUCAGACAGAAGGGGCAGACCCUGGGAUGGAAGGCAUGCUGAUUGGCCGAGUGACGGAAGAUGAGACUCCUCUUGGUCAGAAACGUGAGGAGCCGGAAGAAUAUGACGCAGACGAGCAAGUCGUGGGUGGACUCGAUUUGGAGAAACGGCAGCAGAGUAAACUGGCUGAAAAUAUAGACAAGGACAUGGAGGAGGAGCUGGCUGACUAUAAUGGAGAUGAUGAGAACGAAGGCGAGUUUGAAGCCGACAAACAAGCUGAGCUUGCUCAAAUCUGAGGGCUGGAGUCGGAGAAGGAGCCUGCACACGACCUAAGGAAGCAGCGCCCCUUAUACACCUCUGCACAACAACGCUAUACAGGUUAACGCAGCCCUCCGAACAGUGAAUACAAAUCGAACCCAGAUGGAAAUCUCUCUAAAGGUGCUGACAAACCAAGGAUAUCGUCUGUCGCCCUAGUUUUUGCGGUAUGCCACACACCAUCGCUACUCUGCGACCCACGUCUGCUUUUUUUUCAGACGAGGGUUGGAAUCUAUCGGAUUGGCUAUUCAGCUUAAGCGAAUCGGUGCACGAGAAUCAAAAAAGUAGUGAGGAAAGCAAGCGAAUGACUGUCGAGAGGGCACGCACAGAAGGUCUUUAUCUCAUCUGAGCAAUCCAACACAUGAUGCGCUUUCAAAACUGGCCAAAAAUGAUGUUCAAAUGUUCCUUAUAGAAAAAAAAAACUAUCGUUUUGAACUAUUUGAAUAUCUAUUUUUGCACAUUAUGUCCAUAAUAAUAAUAAUAAUAAAUAA